CAGUCAAAGUAGCGAAGUGGUAGAGCGCGCGAGUUUACUCGCGUUGUACUUUAUUACAGCGUUUUUCGCCACUUCGCGUGUUUCUCACAAAAAGAUUCGACAUUUCGCUGCCGACAAACCAGGAAGGUGACAUUUCUCUUAGGUGUCAGGAUCGCAAUUUAGCCAGAUCGCAAAACUUUAACCAGAACGAAGAGACUUUUAGAGGGUUGAAACAUGGCGGAUAAAAUAUACUACCCCAAUUCGGAUCUCGCCAAGAAAGCGCACUGCGGUAGUCUGGAACAGUACAAGCUUAUGCACGAAAGAUCCAUAAAGGAACCGGUGCAAUUCUGGGGAGAAAUAGCCAAGCAAUUUUAUUGGGAAACGCCGGCAAUCGAGGACAAGUUCUUCUCGUACAAUUUCGAUCUGAGCAAAGGCGAUAUUUUCAUCAAAUGGAUGGAGGGAGCGUCGACGAAUAUAAGCUUUAAUUUGCUCGAUAAAAACGUCAAGAGCGGAAACGGGGACAAAAUAGCGUUUUAUUGGGAAGGAAAUGAUCCAGAGGAUUAUUCGCGAUUAACAUACAGAAAGCUGCUCGAGGAAACGUGCAGGUUCGCGAACGUUCUUAAAUCAAAGGGUGUAACCAAAGGAGACAGGGUUGUACUUUAUAUGCCGAUGAUUUUGGAGUUACCGAUUGCCAUGUUGGCCUGCACGAGAAUAGGAGCGGUGCAUAGCGUGGUGUUUGCAGGAUAUUCGUCAGAUUCUUUGGCGGAACGUAUACUCGACUCCAAAGCCAAAGUCUUGAUCACCACGGACGGCGUGUGGAGAGGCGAGAAAUUGUUGCUGUUGAAGAAUAUCUGCGACGAAGCUCUGAACAAGGUCAAGAAGCAGAACCACCAGCUUGAGAGCUGCAUCGUCAUCGCGCACUUGAGGAGACUUAACAAUCCCCAAGGUAAAUCAAACAAAGUAAACGGCACCAGCAACGGCGACGUUAUAGAAAUGGCCAACGUUGCUUGGGACGACGACCGGGAUGUUUGGUGGCACGAUGAGAUGGAGGAUGCAGAAUCAAGCUGUUAUCCGGUCUGGAUGGCUGCCGAGGAUCCGCUUUUUAUUCUUUACACGAGCGGUUCCACCGGCAAACCAAAAGGUGUUCUUCACACCACCGCAGGAUACUUGAUCUACGCGGCGACAACGUUCAAAUAUGUUUUCGAUUACCAUCCAGGCGAUAUCUACUGGUGCACCGCUGACAUCGGUUGGAUCACAGGACACACUUAUGUAGUUUACGGGCCGUUGGCAAACGGUGCAACGUCUGUUAUAUUCGAGGGAACGCCCUUUUAUCCCGAGAACGAUCGGUACUGGACCGUCAUUGACAAGUAUAAAGUUACGCAGUUUUACACGGCGCCCACGGCUAUCAGGUCGCUGAUGAAAUUUGGUGACGAGUUCGUGAAGAGGCACUCUUUAUCUACUCUCAAGGUUCUUGGUUCGGUGGGCGAACCGAUCAAUACCGAGGCCUGGCUCUGGUUUUACAGUCUCGUCGGUCACGGCAAGUGCAGCAUAGCAGAUACCUUCUGGCAGACAGAAACCGGGGGUCACGUAAUCACACCGUUACCAGGCGCCACACCUAUGAAGCCAGGCUCAGCGACGUUCCCGUUUUUCGGAGUCUUGCCUGAACUUCUCGAUGAAGACGGUCAUGUAAUCGAAGGCGAAGGAGAAGGUUACCUUGUUUUCCGUCGACCGUGGCCCGGAAUGAUGCGUACACUUUAUGGAAAUCACCAACGUUUUCAGAAUACGUAUUUCGACCGAUUCAACGGAUUUUACUGCACAGGAGAUGGAGCAAGACGUGACAAAGAUGGAUAUCUAUGGGUAACUGGUCGUAUCGAUGACAUGCUGAACGUUUCCGGGCAUCUGAUGUCAACGGCCGAGGUAGAAAGUGUGUUGGCAGAACAUUCUUCGGUUACCGAAGCUGCAGUAGUCAGUAAAUCGCAUCCUGUGAAAGGUCAAUGUCUAUAUUGCUUCAUCACGCCGACUACAGGAAAAACGUUUGAUGAAAAAUUGCAGACCGAGCUGAAAAAGAAAGUACGCGAGAGAAUCGGUCCGUUUGCGCAACCAGACGUCAUCCAAUACGCUCCGGCGUUACCGAAGACGAGGUCCGGCAAGAUCAUGAGACGUAUGCUCAGAAAAAUCGCGGCGGGCGACAGGAAUAUUGGUGACACGUCGACGCUGGGCGACGAGAGCGUCAUACAGCUUCUCUUCGAGCUGAGACCGAAGAACAUUUAAACAAACGACGCACUUUUCUUGCGUAUUCAUAACAAACAAAACCAUCUUGAGGAAACUCUAUAUGUGUUGUUUUUAAUUAGACUUGGAAAACGCGAUUUCCAAGCAGUGUUCACAGUUUUAGCUUCCUUACAGUAUGCUUAAGCGGUGGAAGGAAUGCGCACAACAGCAGCGAGUUUAUGCAGGUAGAAUUUGGUGCUGUUG